UCCAAACUUGGCAUAUUACUCCUAUUCAGGGAAUAAAAAACAUGAUACUCUAUUUUGGAAUUUUAAAACGUUUUUACUCCUAUUUAGGGCAAUUUCUGAAAGAUAUAUUAUUCGUGGGCAAAUCCUGAAGCCGCUCGUUCAGAGAUAAUGAAGGAGACUUCAGUGUUGAUGAAGGUGAGGCAUGGGAACAUUGCAAGAUUGCUUCAUGUUGAAAUGGGAGACGACUACAUGUCUCUGGGCAUGGUUUAUGAGCAUGAUGACCAUUGCUUUUUCAUGGAGAAGAGAAACAUGCCUGCCAGGCACCCACAUACAGUAAAGACUCAUUUAUAUCAAAUUCUUUCUGAUCUUGCGCAUUGCCAUUCCCUCAACAUUCUUCACCGAGAUUUGAGACCAAAUCAUUUGCUGAUGGAUAGCAAAGGCAAUGUUAAGCUUGCUGGUUUUGGAUGGGCUACAGUUGAGGCUGAUAAAUUGGCUACAGUUAAAAGUGGCAUUUUGUGUGGCGAUCCUUUACCGAGGGACACACCUGAGUAUAGAUCCCUCCUGAUAUUUCCUAGCACUAGAGGAAUGCUCUGAAGCAUCUACUGUGUGGUCGGUCAGUGAGAUGUAUAUUCGCUGAGAUGGUGACACAAGAACCACUAUUUGUCCAUGUUGAUGGAUCGUUGUUUUUUCUUGGACUUCAGGCACACAAGAUUUUGCAGUAGUGAUUCAACUCUCUUUUGGUGCUUUACAGCUUUAGUGUAUUAAAUGUUAUUGUUCACUUAUUAUUUAAAAUUUGGUUGCUUUAAGGCUUGUCGGCCCACCUGUGGAAGAUCAACUGCAACCUGGAUACAUAGAGGCGGGGCGUUACCCUCUACGCAAGCCUCAUUACAAGCGCAUGGACUUUGCUAAAAAAAUUCCCUGGUCUAGAAGAAUCUGGCAUCGAUCUUCUUUCGCAAAUGCUUCGCGUGGAACCGUCGAGGAGGAUCAAAGCUAAGGAUGCACUUGGUCAUGAAUACUUCAAUGAUUUGGACAAACCUAAAUGAGAGCCUAUCUGCCUUCCAAUUAUCCAAUCUUUGACUCAGCAUCAUCCGUGAUGAGUGGCUUCUUUGUGUGAAUAUGGAAUCCCUAUGCAACUUUGUUUAAUGAGAAUAUGGCCUCGUAAAGUCGUAAAAUAACUUAUUAUUAAUGCUCGAAAGGUGUGUUUGGAGACCUGGAGAUCUAUGUUAUUGAUGCCUGCAUUGCUUAAAUAAUAAAUAGAAAUUGCAUAUGUACAUGC